CAAUUUGAACAUGGCGGUGAAAGCUAGUACAGAAGGUCAGAAGGUAAUCUGUACAAGCCGAGCACCGAGCAUCAGAAUCUGAUGUCCAGAAGAAUUACAAAAAUUUGUUAAAAGGCAAACUAGCCUGCAAAGCCAUGAUGUCUACCCCAAAUGCAGCGGCGUCUUUGGUACCCUGGAACCGUGAUCCUUCGAUGCGAGAACCGCACUGGCAGAGAGCUGUUGAUUCCUGCAUUGGGCAAAACUACAUAUCUCUGGUCACAAAAUCAAAAACCAACUACCUGCCUCUUGCUCUCAUAAAACCAAAAGGCCUAGAUCCAACAAAGCAAUGCUCAUGAGCAACCCAUCCUCUUUCACCAACGCUAACUCUGCUUCUUACCCCGAAACCAUGAAUCUUGACAACGACCCCAUGAUGAGCAAGCUUCAGCAGUUUGCUGUGCCCCUGCCUGACCAUCUCCGCCUUAACUCCACUGCUGCUACCUCCAGUGGAAAAGGCGUGUUUUCUGACAACUUUGUACCCAGCGAGUUCCAUGUGAUCUGCGGCAGGGGCAAGAAAGUAUUUGAACACUGUGGCAAUGUUCGCUUCCGAAACAUCAUCAUGGGCCACCUAGAUAGCUACAAGGCAGCGCCCUCCAAGGCCCAAAAGUCUGCAGUAGUGUCAACCAUCUUCGACAAGCUUACCCAAGGUGAGGGCGCCUUCGUCAAGCAAGAUACCAACACCGAGGGAUGGUUUGUAGUGUCAGAAUCUGCUGCUCGAGAGAAGAUCUCGCAGUGCUUUCGAGACUGCCUUCAAGACAAGUUCAAGCUUCUCGGUGGAGCCAGCACUACAACUGUCAGUGAUGCAAAGACCGCUGCCAAGCCAACCAAGCACAAGACUAAGAGGACUGUCGCCAAGAAAUUGCAAGUCCUCGAACCACCCAAGAGAGCCAUGUCAGCCUAUCCAGUCUUCAAAAAGAGCAAGCUUGGCCGUGCCCGCACCUUCCCACUGACAAUGCUCCACACAGCCCCCACCGCCCCCGCCGCAGCCUCCAAUGGGGGCUCAACCAAUGAUGCCUUCAGCCAGUUGCUCAGUUUUUCCAAGUCUGUCAUGCCAGGCCGCCGUCGCAGAGCUAUUCCAGCCUCUUCCUUGACUCUUCCAGAUCCCAACACUGCAGGAGUUUCCCUGAACUUCCCAACCUCCAGCAGCAACAUGGGAGUUCCUCUGAACUUCCCAGUCUUCCCUGCCAUGCAACAGGAAGUUCCUCCUCCACCUCCUGCCAUGCCCACGAACCCCUUCCUGAUGGACGACAUGGAGCCUCUACCCAUUCUUCACGACAAUGCAGCUGCUCGUACUGCUACGUUUGAACAUGCCCAACACCCAGACUUUGAGCCCCUCGCCUUCUUCCCCGAUAUCGAGGUGGAAGAUCUCGACAGGAACACCGAAGCUGUCUAGAAAAGAAGCAGUUGCAUCACACAGAAUCCAAUGUCAGGGAGGACAAGUGAAUUCGUCUUUAUCAUUUUAGUUUCUUUAAGAGUUUAAACCAUUGCACAUUCAAUC